AUGAGUGAGGCAGUCAGAACAGCUGCAGUCGCCAAGCAGCCGCGACGCUGUUGGAAGUUGUUUUUUCGCUGCCAUUUGGCCCAGAUGUUGGGUGUGUGGCCUGCCAAAAGGCAGGCCCAAGAGAGGGAUGGUCAACUGGGAGAAGGUCACCUGAUCCGGCAGCUGGUUCGAAAAUUGCGACCCGGUGGACGGGCCUGGUUUGGCGGGAACGUGCCAAGCAGCGCGAUUAACAUCGGCAACGAACCCUUCAGGAGAAGAGACUGGAAGCGGUGUUUAAUCUCCUUGGCUCAAGUGAGGCACUUGGAAUCCGAACGACUAAAAACGGACUUUUUUUACUGCAUGUCCUGA